AGACAGUGAAGGCAACUUUCGAAAAGGGCUUGCCGGUGAAGUGAUUUCUAGUUGUAAUUGAUGAAGUGUGCAUUUACGGGGAUUUAAUGCAUUUGAACAUUGUUAUGUUCCGUGCGAAGAUGACAUUAGAAUGAGUGCAAUGUUUUAUGCUAAAAUGCCUCAUUACGACGAAAGUUUUAUUCAUGAUGAUAAUUUAAAUCAGAGGCGUAAUAAACGCAGUUAUCGAGUGUACAAAAACGGUGCAAAUCCUAUCAUCUUAAGUGAAUCCAAUGCUGUAAGACCUUUCGAAGUUAAAGGCGAUUUAAAACAUAUAAGAAAUCGAAGGAAUCGCGGUAAUCGUUAUAAGUUUGAGAAAUCUCCUAUACAGGAAGGAAAUUAUGUUCAAUAUAAGACACCAGAUAUACUGAUUCAUUGUCCAAGCAUAAGUGUCUUCGAUCCAAGUAAGUUAAAUGACAUAAGAAAUAAUAAUAUCGUUACGUUGACGCCUUGUAAAAGCUUCGACAAUUUGACAUUGAAACAGACAAAAAAGGACAAAUCGCUCAAUGAAACUUUACGAAACGGAAUAAGCUUACAAAAUUUAUCGCGCGAUGAUAGUCUAAAGCAUUAUAUAUCACCAUCAGAGGAAAAAUGUUCUUCGAGAAAAGGCGAUGUGAGAAAUUCAUAUUCAAUUGAAGAAGCUCGUCGAAGACCUGCUCUUAGAAAGUAUUCAAGGGGUACAGCUGCUCCUGGAGUUGGUGUUUAUAGAAAAAUCAACGGAGAUGUUGACAGGAGUGCUAAAGAAAACGAAGCGUGUGCUGAAGGCGGUUCUGGUCAUCGGGGGUCCUUGCGUGGCGCCAAUAAGUUAGCUCGGCGCGCGCGCUCUUUCAAGGACGACCUAUUAGAGCGUAUAUCCAAUAUGCGUUCGCCCGCGCAGGCGCCGCAUCCGCCACAUCUCUCGAAUAUCAGAUCACAUUCCCCGCUUAGUCCAAAACUUCGGAAUAUGGGGAAGGCAAAUACACCACAAGAUAAUGAAACAACUCCCGCCAAAGAACUCGAACGGCUAGUCAAAGAGGUCAGAUUCGGCUUGAAGCACUUCUCCGAUGUCAUCACUAAGAGGAAAUUGGAAAUGUUGCCGGAUAACGGCACGAUCGUGUUUGAAUCGAUCGCAAACAUACAUAAGGCAAUAAAACCGUACUGCGGUCGAUCGCCGUCCCUCAUGAGUGCUGUGAAGCGAUUAUGCACAGCACUGGCCAUGCUAAUCCGUCUCUGUGAUGAAGUCGCGGUCGCCAGUCUUCGAUCAAACGCUGACGACUCAGAAACCGAGAUUUCCACCGCAGCCUUGUCUCCGGAGAAUGUUAAUUCUGUGGUAAAAGGACUUAAGUUGGCGGUAGAAGAAGUGGCGAGUCUUGCGCAACAGUAUAUGGCAAGGCCGGCAUUAUCGCCUCGUCCGGCCGUUGUUUCUCCACGGGCAUCGACGCAGAGGAAUUCUUUGCCUGAUAUACCUUUAACGCCCAAAGAGAGAUCUCUACUUACGGGAGAACCAGGAACGGAAAAUAGCGGCGUACGCGCAUCACAUUCGUCAGAGUCGAUACUGGAUGCUCCAGACACACCCCCACCCAAACCGGCAAGGCCUAACCGGAAAAUCGAGUUGGCCCCACCGUUGCCGCCCAAGCGCAAGUCGGCUAACGACAACUCUCUGUUAGGAGUCUCGAUUGACAGUUUAUCAAUGCAAUCACAUAGUAGCGGCUCUCAAGACUCGAUGUUGAACGUCUCAAAUGACGAAGAAAGGAAUACUCAUGAUUCAAUGAAUCAUGUGUUUAUAACUCAACCCAGUACCGAUUUAGUCAGUAUAUGUAAUUGUAACAAUAUAAAUGAAAUGAGGACCUCGGUGGAGUCACACGAAUCCCAUAUGAGCAACGCUCACUCCCAUAAUCGAUUCUCGAACGAGUCCGGCUUUGUGUCUGUGGGCCACUCAGAGAUGUCAACUGAACACAGCUUCACGUCCACCUUUUCGUCACAUCACUAUUCUAGUCACAUGGACAGUACUUUUGAAAGUACAGAGUAUGUGAGCGAAAUGAAGUGCACAGUGCAAAAUGAGAGCCGCAUGAAUAUAAUCAGUAUGAACAGUGUAACAUCACAUAAUACAAAGUUGGAGAGCAUAACGUCAGACGAGGGCGAGACGCCGCCAGAGUUGCCGGUGAAGACGCGUCGUAACAUUCGCGCUGAUGUGCAACAACACUUCCCCAAUGUUGAAAUCAGAAAAAGUCCGCCAUUUUCGCUUCAUGACCCAAGACCGCACACGUUAGCCGAACAUAACCACCAGCGACCGCCACCAUUACCGCUCAAGAAGAAACACAUGUUUCAAAGCGUCGCCUACAGUGUUAUGGCGUAUAUGGAGAUGUUUGGUAACUGCAGUCACACGAUGAACGCCCAUCCCCAGAUAAAUCCGGAGGCUCCACCUGAUAUGGCAUUCAGGCAUUCUAUACACACAUAUAAUUUGUCCAGCGCUCAACACAGCAGUACGGGCAACCUGAGCAUAGGUCACCAUCAAGUUCAACGAUCUUUGGCCUCAUCAAUAACGGUUCAGCAUUUGAGUACACCGCCACUCAGUGGGUCUGAAGACAGCGUUAGUAUGAUAACAUCGAAUAGAACGAGUCCACUGCCGAUAGAGCCGCCGGCGCUACCUCCAAAGAUGAACAAAAACAAACAGGUUUCGAUUACCUCAAGCAACGAAUUGUUGCCUCCGCCAUCGCCGCGACCUUCCUCACACAACAGUAGUUCUGCAGACGAAUCUAUGCUCAAUAAUGUGAGUACCGAAGAGAUGUAUGUGAGCGUGUCAUCGCCAGGCAAGUUUCCACUUGAUGAGGAUGAGAUUGAUCGACUCGCGGAGCAACCUCCUUCGCCUGUACCCUCACAGCGAAGUGAAAGCAGCUCAGAGCCGACUCAAACUGAAACUGAGAAAUCUCCAGUCGUCCCAGAUUCGGAAGAUAUAGUCCUCCAGACGGAUGUUAGUACGUGGCUCUUACUCAAAGGCCCGACGAAAGAGGGCGUUGACGUAAGGGGUGGGCACCCAGAUGCCCUUAUAGUGCUUGCCACUAAGGCUACCAAAGAAUCGGAUGAGUACUUCGCGUACCAGGAAGCGUUCCUGGCAACGUACCGUACGUUCCUGGCACCGCACGAACUCGUCUCGCGGCUGGUGCGUCGGGCACAUCACUUCAGACCGCGUCCGCACGAACUGAGAUCCACACUCGGUCUGCUUACUAGAGUUAUUGCUGACCUCACAAUGUCAGAUCUGGAUAGGGCGUUGAUGCAACAAAUUAUGGAAUUUAUAUAUUGGCUUGUUGAGACUGAAGAAUUGCCUAUUUCUAAAGCGCUACGUCAGAUUCUGGUCGAUAAACAGAAGCAACUGCACUUCCAAAAUACGAACAACAGAUUCGAAUAUGAUCCAUGCUAUGGAACAGUUUCCCUCCGACGGGACACCUUACUGGACUUUAAGGCAUCUGAAUUGGCAGAACAAAUGACAGUACUAGACGCGGCUUUAUUCGUUCGAAUAACGACAGCGGAACUUCUCUCAUGGCCAAGAGAUCAGUCGGAGGAGAAGUCACCGAACCUUACGCGUUUCACGGAGCACUUCAAUAAGAUGAGUUUUUGGGCGCGAUCAAGGAUUUUAGAGCAGGAUGAAGCACGCGAACGGGAGAAGUACGCGAGCAAAUUCCUUAAAGUUAUGAAGGCAUUACGUAAAAUGAACAACUUUAACUCCUACUUGGCUCUCGUAUCGGCGUUAGACUGCCCUCCGGUUAGAAGAUUGGGGUGGGCCAGAGCUAUAGCAGACGCAUUGACGGAUCACUGCGCUUUGAUUGAUUCAUCCAUGUCCUUCCGUGCGUAUAGGCAGGCGUUGAACGAGACGCAACCACCCUGUAUACCUUACAUAGGCCUCUUCCUGCAAGACUUAACAUUUGUACAUGUGGGAAAUCAAGAUUUAUUACCCGAUGGCAGCAUCAACUUUACAAAACGAUGGCAACAAUACCACAUAAUGGAGAAUAUGAAACGAUUCCAUAAAGAACAAUACAAAAUUAAGAAGAACGAUCGCAUCCAAGCGAUGUUCAACGAGUUCGACGAUGUCCUAAGUGAAGAGACGAUGUGGCAAAUAUCUGAAAGCAUCAAACCUAGAGGCGGACGCGCUCGUAAUGCUUCUGCGCCUUCGCCGCCUGCGCAUGCAGCUACUGCCGCCACAUAAUUUUAAGGUGUAUUUUAUAAAUCCAAAGAAAUUUAAGUGGACUGACUCGGGAAUGCACGAGGAUUUGUUAUAAAGGAAAGGCCUAAUUUAGUAUAUAGUUUUGUGAUUGGCGAUAACGACUUUAUUACACCUACUUUUCAACCCAACUAUACAAUUUUCUACUUCUAGCUCAUUAUACUAUUUCUAUAUUGGAUUACAUGAAGACAUUUUUAUGUUUUGUUGUACUUUUGUAAUUUUAUUUUAAUUUAAAUUCUUGCUAAGCUGAGGUAUCGAAAGUGCUUAGCAAAUUUAACAAUCUCAUAUGAAAACAUAGCAUAAUGGAUGAUCUUUACAAUCCUCAUCUAACUUUUUUUAAAUUUUACCAUUGCGACUUGUACUUUGGUCUGAAGUAUGGUUUUUCGCAAGUAAAUUAAAUAAUAUUGCGGCACAAAAAUAAUAUUUGAAAAUGCUAAUGACCAGCGACGCAAUGUUCUAAUAUUUAGAUUAAAUAGGUUAUUAAUCUUUAAUCAAUUUUUUCAGUGCUGUCAGCUGUCAAAUAAUUUUGACUUGACAUUUGUAAAUCAUAGCUCAAGACAUGUAUAACAUAACAUAAUACUACAUUAAAGAUCAAUUACAUUUUCUUUAAAGCGUAAAAUAAAUUUAGCAUUAUAUACUUUUUAAAUAAUCCAAUAUCGCUCAUCCGGCGAACAAAGAAAUAGUAUAGUUAUUUUUGUAUCUUACACUGUAUUUGGAAUCUAUCAGUAUUGAAAACCCUAUUUUCUUACUAUCUCAACAUAUCAGUGACGUAAAGUUCGUUCUUAAAUAGAUGAGAAGUAUAUGUUUAACAUCUUACAUCGAAUUAAAGGACUUUAAUAGGCUUAUUGCUAGACGUAAAAUAAGUAGGCUUAAAAUUUUAACUAUCAUCGAAACUUGUUUGGACUUUGGGACUAUGUCCGUAUAACAAAUGCAACAACGCUUUAUCGGAUUAAAAAGCGUUAAAAUUUUACAUUUAUUUUGGAGCUGGCAAGUUACGAAAAUAACCGUAAAAUUGUGAUGAAUGAAUUUUAAUCUGGUAAUGAAAUGUGAUAUUCGCGGUAAUGAGAUUUUUUCAGUUUGGAAGUCUGUUAACACACAUGUGACUUUUCCAUAGACUUCACAACAAUAUUAUUGUCUUGCUUCUGUUAAAGUUGCAAUAUAGUUGUCAUUGCUUUAUAUUAAGGUUGCUUUUGGAAUAGCAUCUUUGAUGGUGUCAAAAUUUAAAAAAAAUCUACAAUAGUAUUAUUGUGAAGUUUGUGUCUCGUGACUAAAAUUUAAUUAAUUCAUCGUGUUAGCUUAGAAUAGUGUGAAGUUGUUUAUAUUAUGAUAAUGCUAAACGUGCCUAAGUUAUGUGCAUCUUACCUCUAUUGGGGACAGAAAAAUUAUACGAAAAUCUUUUGCUAUUAGAAAAAAAAAACUCAAUUUAAUGACUCAUUUCUUUCUGAAAAAUUUUAAACCGAAAAUUAAGGACUAUUACUAAAGAGCAGUUUUUUGCGCAAAUUUCUGCGAAAUAUGCGUAGUACUAUGGGGAAAACUCUUAAUGAUUCGAAUUAAGAAAAUACUUCUACCACAAAAAAAAAUUCAUUUUAUAAUAGUUUUUCUGUCUCUAACGGGUAAGUAGUGUAUAGUAGCUUCUCUUAAGACUCUGAUAAUGUUUGUGUAUCGAAAGUUUAUCGUCCGUCAUAAAAUGUGCCAAAAUCAACGAAACACAUAUUCUCCUCGAAUUUAUGGGUUCUUGUUGGGCAUUUAACUAUUUGAAAUAAAUCAGUGUUAUACGCGAUUGUCUAUAAAUCUGUUUCUUUUGAGCACAAGUAAACACAAGUCAUAGUAAGAGACGGGUUAUAUCUGUGACGGCUUAAAGAUUUCAUUUUUAUGAAUAAGCAAGUACUUUGAAAUACUUUGGCAUUAAAUAUAGGAGUUCUUAGUUCGUCUUAUACGUUAUAUGCCUCAUAAUCUAGACUCUGAUUUUAUAUUUUUAUAGUUACUGAUACUUUGCGAAUUAUUUCCAGCAUCACAUUAGCUUAAAUCAAUCUUAUGAAUAUCAAUCUAUUCGUUAAAACAAUAGAUAAAUAUUUUCGUUAGUAUAAUAUAUAUUUGGAAUUUCAAUUUUACUAUAUGAAUUUUUAUGUAUUUAUUGUAACAUAAUUAGCGCAAUGUUUUACGCGUCUUAAUGAAAUUUAGUUUAUUUUUGAUAUUCAGAAAUUCUAUUUUUCCUAUAAUGUUUCCUCAAAGGAAACUGAAUUUUCCUAAUGAAACAAUGUAAAAUUUCUUCGUCAGGUGUUGUGUCAUUUUAUUGAAUAGCUUAGAUUCGGGUCUCGUAAAGAUAGACGUGGCUAGUAGUUCUAAAGUUUCUUGCGAUUUUUCGAUUAUUUAAUACUCCGAUGUAGGUUUUUCAACACGAUUUCUUUACCUUUAGGGUACCGACCCUGACGGGCUUGCUUUGCGCUUACGGAUUUAUCUGAUAGUAGAACUUUCACAGCCAAGUUCAUAAUGCUCUUCCCUCUUGUUACUAAGCGUGUUACAUAGGACGAGUGAAAAGCCAGCCAGUCAAUAAACAUAUAGCCUUAGACAGUGUCUACUAUAGCAAUAAUUUAUUCGAGCACUCCAUGUGAUAUUCGUAUGAGUGUUGCUUACAACUCAUUUGACGUCCUCUAUACGUAGAAAAAUAUUAUUAGACAAAUAUUUAAUGUAAGCGUAAAUAAACCCCAUUUUAUCGAAGUGUAGUUGUCUCAAUAUAGUCAAUAAAGAUGUCACAUACAUGUUUUUAGAGUAAUUUUUACAUUGCAAUGUGGCAUACCGCAAACGUUUUAUACAAUUUUAACCGUGUUAAUCAGACGAAAAGAAACACGAAUCUUAAUGGUCGCUCAGAAGCUUUGUAAGAUGUGAUUUAAUCAUAAAAAAUAUUAUUAAUUAGAUUAAGACUAAUGUCGUAAUCGCCGCAAUGACUAUAGUCUGAGGGCAUCUUUUAUCAGCAAUAGAAACAAUUGCAGAUCAAUCUAAUUGAUAAUAUUAUAACGCAACAUAUAUAAAAUCUGAAUAAAAUAAGUCGAAAUAUUUUUCAAUUACUUUCAGUUGGCAGUAACACUAAAAAGAUAAAAAGCGACCAUUAAGUGUAACUAACAAACCGCACAAAAACGGUGUGUCAUUUUACGAUGAUUAUAUAAACAUUUGAUAGUAUAAUGAAGGCAGUAAGUAGUAUAUAAUCGCAGUGUUAGUGUUUUGCAUGUUAUGAGUCGUCUCAGCAAUAAUUACUAGACCAAUAUUUAGAUCGUUUUACAGCGCUUUACAAAUGUUUGUCUUAAUAUUGUAUAAAUAAUUUGUAUGUUUUGGUAGGUUACCAUUUUGUUGGGUGUUAUUGUGAAGUUCGGUAAUAUUGGUGUUAAGAAGACUGCCUAAUUUACUCAAUAGUGGUAAUAAUUAUUGCAUUGCUUAUCAAGCGAUGAAUUAUCUGUGACAAACACGAUUAUUUAUUUAAAAUGCAUGGUACAUUUAAGUAAAGCGUACAUCGUAUGUUGUAUUAGCACAGUAUUAUGUUAUGAAUGCCAUAAUGUAUCAAUAUGGAUUAUCACCGUUUAUUUAUUAAACGGUCUCUGUUUUUAUUUUACUAUUAUAAUUUGUAAAUUAGUUAUCGAUUUGUUUGUCGAUAAAUUAUUAAUCAUUGUAUUUGAUUUGCAUGCGUGUACAGUACAUUAUGUGUGUCGAGAUUUUUUUAUAAUUAUUUGUAAUAUAAAUAUAGCACGUUAUUUA